UUCAACCCUUGGCACGUGUCUAGGGUUUUUAUUCAUAUGCGCCAAAGAUGCUUCUUGCUUUCCUCCUUCCGUCGCACUCGCUCACUGCAGCCUCCGCUUAGGGUACCAUUGGAGAAGCAGCUGGAAAGAGAAAGCUCCACCUAUGAGUAAGCUUCAGAGCGAUACUCUUAGGGAGGUAAUCUCCCAGGUCUUCAACAACGCGAAAGAGAAGAAGCGUAACUUCACGGAGACUGUUGAGCUGCAAAUCGGGUUGAAGAACUAUGAUCCCCAGAAAGACAAGCGCUUCAGUGGUUCCGUGAAGCUCCCCCACAUCCCUCGCCCCAAGAUGAAGGUUUGCAUGCUGGGUGAUGCUCAGCACGUCGAAGAGGCUGAGAAGAUAGGAUUGGAGUAUAUGGAUGUUGAAGGGUUGAAGAAGCUCAACAAGAACAAGAAAUUGGUCAAGAAGCUUGCGAAGAAGUACCAUGCCUUUUUAGCAUCUGAGUCCGUAAUUAAGCAAAUUCCUCGUCUUUUGGGCCCCGGUCUUAACAAGGCAGGCAAGUUUCCGACCCUGGUGACUCAUCAGGAAACCCUGGAAUCGAAGCUUAAUGAAACAAAGGCAAUGGUAAAGUUUCAACUUAAGAAAGUUCUUUGUAUGGGUGUUGCUGUGGGGAAUUGCAGUAUGGAGGAGAAGCAGCUGUUCCAGAAUGUGCAAAUGAGUGUCAACUUCCUUGUUUCAUUAUUGAAGAAAAAUUGGCAGAAUGUAAGGUGCUUGCAUCUGAAGAGUACCAUGGGGCCUGCAAUCCGCCUCUACUAAGUUCAUUUUGCUGUUUGUGAGAGUUAUUUCAGGAGAUAGCAUAAGCAAAACGUCUUAUGAGCACUCUGUGAGCGAGACAUUUCUUGAGAAAUGCUGCUGAGGACCUUUUUGUUUCCUUUUAGAUUAUUAAGCUUCGUCAAAGUUUACUAAUAGCCGUUAAUUUUGUUUUGGUUUGAUGUUAUUGGGGAUUGAGUAAUGGAAAUGUUUUUUGUGUCCU